CUAAGACUGCUAAAACAGGUACUUCACUUGUUUUUCCAAGAGACACCAGAGGGCAUCAAAAUUUAAGGAAUGGCAUCAAUCCCAGUGUUAUUGUGCUUUACGGCUGUGUUGAUUUCAUUAUUUCCUGAAAAUGGACAGGGACAAUCUAUUGAGUCAUUGUCGGUCUCUCUAAAAAAAAUCCAAGAAGAGAUUGUAAAUAAACACAAUGAACUUAGAAGAUCAGUCUCUCCAACUGCCAGCAACAUGCUAAAAAUGAAAUGGAGUAAAGAAGCAGCAGCUAAUGCCCAAAGAUGGGCAGAUCAAUGCACUUUAUCACAUAGCACACAGCAACAUCGAGAAAUCAGUACAAGCAAUUGUGGUGAGAAUCUCUUUAUGGCCAGUUACCCAGCUACUUGGUCAAAAGCAAUCCAAGAUUGGUAUGAUGAAUCCAAAGAUUUUAUAUAUGGUAAAGGGCCAAAGACUAGUCAUGCAGUUAUUGGACAUUAUACCCAGGUUGUUUGGUACUCAUCUUCACUUGUUGGAUGUGGAAUUUCCUAUUGUCCAAAUUCAAUCCUAAAAUAUUACUUCGUUUGCCAGUACUGUCCUGCGGGUAAUCUUCGGAGCAAACUCCAUGUCCCUUACCUCAGUGGACCACCUUGUGCUUCCUGCCCUAAUGACUGUGACAAUGGUCUAUGCACCAACAGCUGCAAGUAUAUUGAUAAAUAUUCUAACUGUAAAAGUUUGGUGAAGACAGUGGGAUGUACACAUGACAUCACCAAGGACGGUUGCCAGGCCUCCUGCAAGUGCCAAGACAAGAUUUAUUAAAUCUUCAGUACAGACUUAACAGAGAAACAUCAUCUUAUAACUUAUAUUUGAGAUUUACUAGCAA